GCUUGUGUUCCCUCCGCCCAGAACUCCCGAAACCAGCCCAACACCAAAGCUCAUUCCACGAGGCGACAACCUUCCUUCCAUAAGAACAGAGCGGCCACGCUGAGGAGUGAGGAGGAAGGUAGGAGGAGAACCGUGAGCAGAGAGACAUGGCGCGCCACCACCAGCAGCGGGCGCUGCUCCUGUUCCCACUCGUCUUCCUCCUCCUCCUCCUUGCCCCGCCCCUCGCCGGCGCGUGGGGAAAGGAGGGCCACAUCAUGGUCUGCAAGAUCGCCGAGAAGUACCUGUCGGAGAAGGCGGCGGCGGCGGUGCAGGCGCUGCUGCCGGAGUCGGCGGGCGGGGAGCUGUCGACGGUGUGCCCGUGGGCGGACCAGGUGCGCUGGCACUACCACUGGGCCAGCCCGCUCCACUACGCCAACACCCCCCAAGUCUGCAACUUCAAGUAUUCUCGGGACUGCCACAAUUCUCGUGGCCAGCAAGGGAUGUGCGUCGUCGGGGCUAUCAACAACUACACGGACCAGCUCUACAGCUACGGCCAGAAGACUUCGUAUAACCUGACGGAGAGCCUGAUGUUCCUGGCACACUUCGUCGGCGACGUCCACCAGCCGCUGCACGUAGGCUUCCAAGAUGACGAGGGCGGUAACACCAUCACCGUCCACUGGUACCGGAGGAAAGCAAACCUCCAUCACGUGUGGGAUGUCAGCAUUAUUGAUACGGCGAUCAAGGACUUCUACAACAAGAGCAUGGAUACCAUGGUAGAGGCUCUCAAGAUGAAUCUUACAGAUGGAUGGUCUGACGACAUCGUCCACUGGGAAAAUUGCAAGAACAAACACGCGACCUGCGCGAACGACUAUGCGAUUGAGAGCAUCCAUUAUUCCUGCAACUACGCCUACAAAGAUGUGGAGCAAGACAUCACUCUAGGAGAUGAUUAUUUUUUCAGUAGGUACCCGAUUGUGGAGAAGAGGUUAGCGCAGGCUGGAAUCAGAUUGGCGUUGGUACUUAAUCGGAUAUUUGGUGGAGGUGAAGCGGAUGAUAUACCACUACAAGUACAGUAACAGCUCUAAUAAAAGGAAGCAUAGCUAUUACAAGGAUUUGUCCAUUACGUCGUCUAUACAUCAAUAAAUUGGCAUGAAUUUGUAACUCCAUUGCUAUACAUCAAUAAAUUGGCAUGAAUUUGUAACAACUGAAAGGAUCAAGAUGCCACCCUUGAAUUGCACUUCUCAAAAUUUCUUGAACAAAAUAAAAUUUAUAAUCAAGUUC